CGAACAAGGAGGGGAAACGACUUCGGUGGAAGUCGUGACAGUCGGGAUAGAGUUGAGUUAUUGACUAGGCUGGUGGGUGUCGGCAUGCAGGCGGCUCAGGUUGGCUGGUUGAUCUGGCUGGCUGGUUGAUCUGGCUGGCUGGUCGAUCUGGCUGGCUUGUUGAUCUGGCUGCAUGGUUGAUCUGGCUUGAUGGUGGAUCUGGCUGGCUUGUUGAUCUGGCUGGAAGGUUGAUCUGGCUGGCUGGUUGAUCUGACUGGCUUGUUGAUCUGGCUGGAUGGUUGAUCUGGCUGGCUGGUUGAUCUGGCUGGAUGGUUGAUCUGGCUGGAAUUUGAUAAUAGAGGAUCUUAAUAAAGACAAUCAAAAGUCUUUGCAUUUUAUUAAGAGUUGUUCAUUGGUCAGGCUAUUGGUUAAAGGUGCAAGACAAUAUUUAUUGUUAAAUUACCUUUGAUCCAGUUAUCAUUAAUCACGUAAACAUGCUUAAUAAUAAUAUUUUACCUAGCUUGAUGACUGUCGCCAUUUUUGCUUACAUUUUUGUUCUAACUAGAGAUGUCAUAUUGGAUUGUGUAAAAAAAUAGCUUUAGAUGCAGGAAAUGAGCUUUAGAUGCAAAUGUUAACUAGCUACAGUAACAUUGUCAAUGAAUGAAAGUUAGGCUAGCGAGCAAGAAUUUUAGCCAGGUAGCCUGGCACAACAAAAAGCGCGCACUGUAUGACAGAGUGAUAGACCGUUUCGUCAACACAAAAGAGAGGAGGAUGGCGUUUCUCGACAAGUAGGAUGAGUCAACUUGCACCAACGCACACGCAGGAUGCAGGGCGGCAACAGAGAACCAGCCGCAGGGCCCGAGGCUUCCCAGUCCGAGGGCGGCCCCAGCCCCAGUGAAGAUGACAUGGCAGAGGGGGACCUGGGGGACGGGAUGGGCAACAGACCAGACUCCACUAUCAGAAAUAAGCUCCAGAGCCGGAGAGGUAGCAGGAGGCAUGCUGAGGAGCUGCUGCCCAGGACGGGGCUCCUGAAAAGGGGCAGUGAGGGAGGGGAGGCAGCCUUCAUCUGGACGUCCUGCAGUGGGCUGUACACGGUGUUCAGACAGGAGCUGGAGGUGGAGCAGGCGUCACCGCAAUGGAGGGUCAGGGGGACAGAAUCCCUGAGCGAUCUGUCCACUGAGGAGCUGCGAGAGAGGCUACAGGAAGUGACCGAGGAGGCAGAGCUACUGCGCUGUGAGUUGGAGGUCACCAGUCGUCACCUGGAGGGAAAACACGAAGCACUGAAGAUCCUACAGGGUCAGAGUAUUCUAGACAGGGCAACCUCUCACACUAAGAUUCUACUCCAGAAGAGUGAGGAGAGGACCAAGGCUCUGGAAAAGGAAGUGAAUGGCCUGCAGUGGGAGAUCACUUAUAACCAGAUGCACUUCAAGAACUUUGAGCAGUCCUGGGAGCAGAAAUAUGUCAGGGUUUGCAGUGAGAAUAAGGCCCUGAGUGACAGCCUGGGAGACAAGGGGAGAGAAGUACAGGAGCUGAGGACAGAGAACACAGCUGUGAGUCAGCAGUGUCUGGAACUCCUAGCCAUGCUGAAUGUCCGGGAACAGAGAGCCUUCCAGGGGACCAAGCCUUCAUGCACCCAGGGGAGAGAGGAGGACCAGGGGACUGUCCUGGAGCUGGCUGUGUUGGGUGCGUGCCAGUGUCCAAAUGUAAGGGAGGCCUGCCCCUGUGCCAGGAGUGCUGCUGCCAGCCGAAAACAGGUUCUCCAGCUCAGACAAGAGCUGGAGGGCCAUGGCAGGAGGAUGGAGGAGGCGUUGCUGAUGGCGGACGCAUUUCGGAUCGCCUUCGAACAGCAGCUCAGGAGGCGCAGCGAUCACUUCCUGGUUCUGGCCGGGACAGACAGGAACAAGUCCCGCCCACUAAGGCCAGAAGGCAAGGAUAAGACAGCAUCUCUCAGUGUGGCUCAGAGACUAAGAGGACUGCUGCCGUCCAGCACAGAGAUCACAGACGACCCCACAGAGACUCUGCACAAACUCCUCGACCUGCUGAGUGAUAAGGAAGAAGCUCUAGCUCACCAGAGGAAGGUUAGCUUCAUGCUAGCCCGCAACACAGAGGAACUAGAGAGACGGUUGAAGACAGACAAUAUGCUGCAGACACAGGUCACAUCAUCACCACACUGUUCUUCAGAGACAGACACAUGCAAGUCCAACCAUGCAGGCACAAGCGUCUGCAGUUCCAACCAUGUCCAGGAGAGGGCAGGAGUGGACCAGUGUCAUGGUGGGGCGUCAUCAUCAGAAUCAGACACGACAGACCUCCAGCCCCCCGAGAUCCAAGAGGCUGAGACGGAAGCCACCGACCUCCAGAUACAGGGCCUUUCUCUGGGGCAGUCACCCACGGAGAGAGGGGGAAGAGAGGACCAUCUGGUCACCCUACUAUGAGUUGUUUGUCAUCACAGAGUGAUUCUAUCUGGCCUUCUUACUGCGGGGCCGUGCUUGAAGUGGAAUGAAACGUGUGCCAGCACUCCUUUUGGGUGCCGAUACUCAUGAUAUUUAAGUGAAAGGUAUUCAUUAUAUAUUAGAGGUAAUGUUCUGUAAGAGGUGCCGGUACUCCAGGACAAAAUUAGAGGUGCCUGCACUCCGUACCGAUGUGUACCAGCCCAAUUCAAGCACUGCCGCUGUGCAUCUGACUGAUCUUGGAACAACUCUGGUCCUGUAUAAGUCUGGUUUUACGUGAAUAUAUCGGCCUCUGUGUAGCCGUUGUGAUUACAUUUUAUAUUAAUAAUUCUUAGCACAUUACAAUUGAUAGAAAGUGACUGAAUGCUUUACAUUUUGAUAAUCCUCUUGCUCUGAAUAUUUCCUGAGCGCUGAUAAGAUGUUUUUAUGUAUCCACUUAUAAAAUGUUAUGAUGGUCAAAAUAUUGAAGUGGAAUUGUUAUGUUGCUGUGUGUAGAAUUGUUAUUUGUUGUCAUGCAAAUGUAAGAAAUGGAUUUGUGCCAAUGUUGAUGUCCCUGAUUACACAGUUACACAAAUAACCUCUGCCUCCUUUCAAGCCACAGGGCGCGUUUAAGCUGUAAGGCGAAAUCAACCGGCUGUCGACGAAAGUCAAGCAGUGAAGUCGGGGAGGUGUAUCUGCGAUAGCCGAAAGUCACAAUUUACCCACAAUGUAUCACGGAUUUGAUGCUCUCAAACAUGACCCUUGACCUCUCUGACUGCAGUCAACUAAAUGAUCUUUGAUCUC